CCAUACAGAAAACAGACACGUAUGCAUGGUGGGAUUUCUGCAUGUUAUUGUUUGUUGCGAAUGUGUUGUAUAAUGGCAAUCAAUGCAUUUUAUAGUAUGUCCUUUAAAGAGUCGAGUCCAACCUGUAAAUAUUUGCAGUGAGCAUCCAGAUCAAUAAAAUCUUCAACAGGUCAAUGUUCAAAGCAGAGACUCAGAAAACAAAAGCAACAGUGAGAAACGAAUUCUGCAUUCUGGGUUCCUGAUAUCUAUGCACUACAUUCUGCAGAAAAAAGAUCCUACAGCUCUCAUAAAGCAGGAAGAAGUGUCAACAGGCCAGGAUGGCUGUGAAGCUGCUGUUCCUUUGGCUGCUGCUGCUCCAGUUCAGUCUCAGCUGGACUGAAGAGCAGAGGUGUCUGAAAUAUGCCUCAAGCUGCGACCAGUGCAUCCUGGCGGGCUCCGAAUGUGCUUGGUGUACAUCUCCAGGUGUUAACAUUCGUUGUGCAACAACAGAGCACCUGCAGAGCAGUGGCUGUCCCAGAAGUCAGAUUUAUAACCCUACUGGCAGAGUGUGGGUGCUAAAGAAUGUUAGACGGGCUGACCAGGACGCUAGGAUGCAUAAUACCAGAGCUGUUUUUCUGGAGCCCCAGGAGGUUUCUGUCUACCUGAGGCCUGGAGUUCCUGAGCUCAUUUCUCUCACCAUCUCCACAGCACCAGGCCAUCCUACACCAGAGCUGAUUAUCGACCUCAGCAACGCACCAGCUGAAGUUAAUGUCACCCUCAGCAACAUAGUCACAGAUAACCCAAGAAACCUACAGGUGAGUGUGGAAGUCAGCCAGUGUCCCAGUAAGAGUGGAACCUCAAACCAGAACAGAACAGGACCCUGGUCCAUUCUCAUAACACCCAGAGGGUUUUCCGAGGGCUUCAAGCUAGAGAUAUCAUUGAUGUGUGAGUGUAACUGCACCGGGAACUGUGCUGAAAACAGCCCAGAGUGCAACGGCCACGGGGCUCUGGUCAAUGGUCAUUGCGAAUGCCACACGCCUUAUUUUGGAGUCAGCUGCCAGAUUAAAGGCGAUGCCAUCUCCUACCAAGACGAAGAGCGGUGCCGCUCCAGGCCGAACGAGCCAGUUUGCAGCGGCAGGGGCUCUUGUGUGGAGGGCAUCUGUGAGUGCAACAAAAGGGAAAAUCCAAAGGAGGCGUACAGUGGACGAUAUUGCGAGUGCAGCAAUUUUAACUGUCCACACCUCAACAACAGACUCUGCGGAGGCAACGGGAGGUGUGAAUGUGGAAGGUGUCAGUGUGAAAGUGACUGGAUCGGUGAGGACUGCAGCUGCUCCAUGCAAACCGCUUCGUGUUUGGGGAGGAACCAGAUACUGUGCAGUGGGAGAGGGUUAUGUGACUGCGGCAAGUGUCAGUGUGAUCCUCCGUACAGUGGCCCGACAUGUGAGGACUGCCCCGCUUGCCAAGGCUUCUGCCAGGAGCUUGCUGCGUGUGUAGAGUGCCGAGCGUUUGGAACAGGAGUCAACAAAGACACGUGAGAAUAGAUAUUUAUCUUAAAACAUCUCUAUAGUAUAUGUUUCUUUGGCACUGCUGUAUAAACUAGCAGAGACAGUUUUUUUAAAAACAGAUGCCAGAGGCGUAGCCAGAAAAUGUUAAUAAGGGUGGCCAGGCAUUAACCAAUGUACACUGAGGGGGGGCCAAAAGCUGAUAGGGGCCAGAACCUCAGGGUCAAUCUACACUGUUCCAACAGGAAAAUUAAUGAGCAGAACAACCAUAUUUUCUAUACUUUCCCACAUAAUUUGCUAACAAAUAGAGGAAUAUAUUCAAAUAUCUGUGCUUUCUGGAUAAAAUGUAUAGUGGAUAAACAUUUUUCAGGUUUGAGUUUUGGGGCGAACAUCUUUUCCAUCAUCAUCAAUACUUACCUACUUUUAUCAGUAAUUAUUCUGCAUAAAAUUGAUAUUUACAAAUACUAAUGUCUACAAAAAUUGAUCAUUUAAUAUGUUUUUAUUAAAAUAGUUAUUUAUCUAUGAUUUCACUGAAGACUCAUAGAUGACUUGCAGAGACA